UCUGGACAGACUUUAACUUGAAAAAAAAACAAACUUCAUUUUCUUGACUUGUAUUGCUACAUCAUCACCGUGUACUUUUCUUUUUUUUUUCUUUCUUUUUUCCGUCUUUUUCGAUUACCUAGCGACCAACCCAGCAGAUAUUCCAUUCGUGCUUGCUGCGCGCACCUUGGCAUUCGCGUCUCACUUCAGUGCCCUUUUGCUGUCUUUGAAUUCUUGAUGAUCUACUUCAUCCCCAAUCAGCCGCAACCAUGAGGUUAGGGGCAGCUUUGCAGGCUGCUGCAUUGCUCACAGCGUCACUUUGGUCACAUCCUCUGCUGGCAGCUAGCGAUGAUCCGACAUUCAAGGCGACGAAGCUCGACCACUACCCGUUUAACCUCAACUAUUUCGAAGAUUCGGACAUUGUGCUCUACCAAGAUGAGGUCAGGGGCACCAUCCAUCGCAGCGAGGACGCCGGCGCUACAUGGAAGCUGGUAAAAGACAUAGAAGAAGGAAAAGCGUUUCAACUCGUCAUGCACCCCUUCGAUCGCAAGCGCGCAUACGUCCUGACGUCUCCCGGCAUACACCACUUUCGUACGCACGACCAGGGCAAGACAUGGGAGUCCUUCCUUGCGGAUACCGAGAUGACCAUGUUCCGCCUCGAUAUUCUCAGCUUCCACGCGACAGACCCGGACCGCAUCAUCUUCAAUGGCAUGGACUGCAAAGAUGGCAAAUUCUUCUGCGAGGAGGUCGCCAUGUACACACUCGAUGGCUUCAACACGGAUGCCAAGUUCCUCCGCGGCUCGACAUCUGGCUGCUCGUGGGCCAAAUCCUCUAAGAUCUUCACCACUGGACAAGAUGACCUUGACAAGAACCGCAUUUUGUGUGUCGUGCGAGACCAUUUUUCGCCACUGAAGCAGGAUCAACGUCUCCUGAUAUCCGACAACCACUUCUCCGCCAAGGACGCUGACGGAGUGAUACAGGAGUUUGAGCCCAACCUAGACAUGACGAGACCAAUUCAGGGCGUGGUAAACGUUGCAGUUGUUAAAAAGUAUCUUCUCGUUGCCGCCAGCUCCAUAAAUACGGACGAGAUGUCGCUGUUCGUUUCUGACGACACACUCAAGUGGCACCGCGCCAUGUUCCCAACCGACCACAAGAUCAACCAGGAGUCUUACACCGUGCUGGAAAGCACCGAAUAUAGCAUACAGGUCGAUGUCAUGACUACGCACCCAUCAAACCCAAUGGGAGUAAUGUAUACGAGCAAUUCGAACGGAACAUUCUUCACGCGCAAUAUCGAGCACACGAAUCGAAACCACCGCGGCCAUGUCGACUUUGAAAAGAUCACAGGUGUGCAGGGGAUCUUCAUGGUGAACAAGGUUGAUAACGCGGACGAGAUUGAGAAGGAUCGCCGUGGAAAGAAGAAGAUCAUCAGCGAGAUCACCUUCGACGAUGGCAGGACAUUCGAGCCCAUCCACGCGGAUAAGGAGCGUCUACAUCUGCACUCGGUGACGGAGCUCAACAAUGCGGGCAGAGUCUUCUCCAGCCCGGCACCGGGCUUGGUCAUGGGCAACGGAAAUACUGGCAGCCAUCUUGAUUCGUGGAGUGAUGCAAGCCUCUACAUCUCAGACGAUGCUGGUCUGACCUGGAUCAAAGGUCCCAAGGGGCCGCACAAGUACGAAUUCGGAGAUCAAGGCUCUGUGUUAUUGGCCGUAAAGCAGGCGGAUGAGAUCAACGAAGUGACGUACUCGCUGAAUCACGGAAAGGAUUGGAAGACGGCUAAGCUACCUGACGACCUCAAGAUCAAGCCCAUUAUCCUGACCACUACACAGGAUUCGACCAGUCUCAAAUUCAUCCUCAUCGGCGAGGGCGAGAGCAGAGAUGAGUUCCAUAUUGUCGCUAUUGACUUCAGUAGCAUGCACGAGGCGACCUGCAAGGAUAGCGACAUGGAAGAUUGGUAUGCUCGAGUGGACGACAAGGGUGAGGGCAGAUGCCUGAUGGGUCACACCCAGAAAUACCGCCGACGGAAGAAGGAUGCAGACUGUUUCGUCAAGCAGGAGUUCAAGGACCCUGUCCCAGAGACAAAAGCGUGUGAAUGUUCAGACCAGGACUUUGAGUGCGAUUACAAUUUCAAGCGUGACGGGAAAGAGUGUGUCCUUGUUGGGACUCUCAUUGCUCCAGAUGGUGCUUGCAAAAACGCAGGGCCCGAUGAUACGUUCAAGGGCUCUUCCGGAUGGAGGCUCAUACCCGGCAACACGUGCAAGAGGGGAAGUGGUGCGCAGAAGGACGAUCUGGUGGACCGGAAGUGCAAGGAAACCUCGGAGCCGACACCGUCGCAACCAAGUGGCGAUAUUAGCGCAAAACCGAAUGAUUUUGGGGGCGAUUUCCUUGACUUUGAGAAACACUACCUUGAAAAGGGCGCCGAAAGCAUGGACGAAAACGAGGUCAUCAUUACACGUCCAAUCAAUGCAGCCAAGGCCGGACAGAUCUUCUUGACGAAGGACCAUGGCAAGACAUGGGAGAUACCCGAAGCGCUAAGGGACAAGAAUAUCUGGGGCAUCGUGACUCACCAGUACUUCAAGGAGAUGGCCUUCUUUGUUCAAGACUCGGGCAAGGUCAUAUACACUGUUGAUCACGGCGAGCACUUCCACGAUUUCAAGGCACCUGGAAACGGAAUAGACCCUGACACCAAGCCAUUGAUCUUUCACCCGGACCACAAGGAUUGGAUGAUAUGGAUCGGCAAGAAGUGCGAAGAAAACACUUGUUACCGUGAAGCUUCGUUUUCGCAAGAUCGUGGUGAUAACUGGAGAUCGAUUGCGCGGUACGUUUACAAGUGUGAGUUUACCGGCUCAAGCUCGUACAAAUUUCGCUCGCAGGAUCAAAUCAUCUGCUCGAUACAAUCUCGUGAAGGAAACGAACAGAAUAUACCUUUCGACCUCGUCUCGAGCAAUGACCUUUUCAAGACGUCGGAGGUGCGACAAAAGAACAUCAAAGACUUUGCAACAAUGGCAGAAUUCAUCGUCGUUGCCGCCGAGGACUCGGAGCGUAAGAGUCUGAAAGCAUUCGCCAGCCUCGAUGGCGACACCUAUGCGGCCACGCGGUUCCCGUCCAAUCUAGACGUCAAGGAAGAACGUGCCUUUACAGUCUUGGACAGCUCAACGCAUGCCGUCAAACUCUUUGUGCCGUCUCCGGCCCAGAAAGAUCGUUGCAUUGGUUCCAUAGCCAAGAGCAAUUCGAACGGCACUGACUAUGUUGUCAGCAUCACCGGCGUCAAUUGCGACGAGAACUACUUUGUCGAUUUUGAGAAGAUGCUUACGCUCGAGGGUGUCAUUCUCGCCAACAUUGUGGCCAACCGGGAAAACACCAACGAACCCAAGAAGAGGCGCACGCUGAUCAGCCAUAGCGACGGUGCCACCUGGAGCUACCUACCCCCGCCACGCGUGGAUGCUGAGGGCAAAAACUACCCUUGCACGAGUUCUGACAAUGGAGAUGAGAACUGCGCACUGCACAUCCAUGGGUACACGGAGCGAAAGGAUCAUGGCAAAACGUACUCGUCUGCAGGUGCUGUCGGGCUGAUGUUCGGUGUUGGCAAUGUUGGCAGCAUCCUGGGCGAUAUCAAGGAUGCCGACACCUUCCUCACCAGAGAUGCGGGUAUCUCGUGGAAGAGCGUCAAGAAGGGUGAAUGGCGGUGGGCAUAUGGCGACCAAGGAUCCAUACUAAUGCUGGUCCCUCGCGCCAAGACCAAGAUGGUUUCAUACACAACCGACGAGGGCGAGACAUGGAAUGAUUACGACUUUACCAACGAGCCAGUGGAUGUCCUCGACAUGACCACGGUCAGCUCAGGAGGCUCGAGGAAUUUCCUUCUGUGGUGCCGCAAGUCUGACAGAACUCUGUUCACUGUGAAUAUCGACCUCACCGGCUUGGCCAACACGGCAUGCAAGCAAGUGGAUGACAAUGAGAGUGAAAGCGACUACUAUACCUGGUCACCAUCUCACCCGCUGCGACCAGACGACUGCUUGUUCGGCCACAAGUCGUAUUAUCUGCGCAAGAAGACGGAUCGGAAAUGUUACAACAAACACAAGAUCACCCCAGUUUUCAAGAUGGAGGUCUGUGAAUGUACACGGGAGGACUUUGAAUGUGACUACAACUACGAACUCGAGGGUGUUGGGCGUAACUGCGUGCUUGCCAAAGGUGCACAGCCCAUGUCGCGCGAAGAAUGGUGUUCAGCACACCCUCAGGAGUCGACGUGGUAUGAGCCUUCGGGCUUCAGGAGGAUUCCCAUCAGCACAUGCAAGGAAGGAAGGGUAUUCGACAACUACACGGCGCCGUGGCCCUGCCCUGGCCAUGAAGAGGAGUACGAGCGGCAACAUGGCGGGCCGGGAGGCUUUACGAUUUUCCUCAUUGUCAUUCUCUGCGUGGGUGCUGCUGGCGCCGUAGGUGUAUGGGUGUACCGACGAUGGGAGAGUGGCGGCUUCGGGCAGAUCCGACUGGGCGAGCAAUCAUCGGGCAUGUCCUUCCUGGACCCAGACAGCCCCUGGGUGCGAUAUCCGGUCGUGGCAGUCUCGGCAACGGUCGCUCUCAUUGGGGCUCUGCCGCUGCUGGUGGGUGCUCUGUGGCGAACGACCAAGACGACGUUCGAGCGCUGGGGCAUCUUUGGCGGCGUCGGCCGGGGCACGUACGGGUCGCUUGGCUUGGGCGGUGGUAGCGGCGCCAGGCGGUUUACGACCAGGGAUAGCUUCGCGAGGGGUAGAAGUGAUUACGCUGGUAUUGAUGAGGACGAGGGAGAGCUGCUCGGUGAUGACAGCGAUGAGGAAGUUUGACUUCCACGUGGGUAUGUCCUGACCUGAUAUUACUAGGCUGGAGGGGGAUAAAGCGAUUUGCGGGAAGGACGGUAUGUAUAAAAAGAUUAAGUGUUGUCAUAUAGGGUAUAGAGAGGGAGAGCAAACGGAGAUGGUCUAUGUUUUUUUUGCAUUAUCUGGUGCUUUCGUAUACACAAGGGAGGUCUGAAGGGUGAACAAAUCAGGUUCCAAUAAAUAGUUGUCUUGGAUUAAAAUAGGUCUUUCUAGACCAGGUGGUGGUGGUAGUGGUAGUAGUAGUAGCAGCAGCAGUAGUAUCCAAUGCCUACCAAACCCAGGUAGACAACAGGUUGGCUAGGCAGUGAGGACAUCACUCCGGAUGACCUGGUGCAUGUAAACCUCCUCAUUCCCCUCAACCUUACACACUUGGAGCUACCAUGUUGGACCGGUGUUUAUCCAAGUUUUAUUUUUUCUUCCUUUUUUUUUUCUUUUU